AUGAAGGUUACGGGUGGGCGCUGCGCGGCGCUGCUGGCGUGGCUCGCCUUCGUGCUUUGCGUCUCAGAGGCAAACUUUUUGUCAAAGGAACGUGCUUCACAAGUCCUGAUUAGAAGACGUCGGGCAAAUGCUUUAUUUGAAGAAACGAAAAAGGGUAAUCUUGAAAGGGAAUGCAUUGAAGAACUAUGUAAUAAAGAAGAAGCCAGAGAGAUCUUUGAAAAUGAUCCUGAAACAGACUAUUUUUAUCCAAAAUAUUUAGUUUGUCUUGGCAAUUUCCGAGCUUCAUCAUUCAGUGCUUCACGUCAGUCAACUAAUGCUUAUCCUGACAUGAGGAGCUGUGUCAAUGCCAUUCCAGACCAGUGUAAUCCUUUGCCAUGCCAUGAAAAUGGAUAUAUGAGCUGCAGAGAUGGCCAAGCUACAUUCACAUGCCUUUGUAAAUCAGGUUGGCAAGGAGAGAGAUGUGAAUUUGAUAUAAAUGAAUGCAAAGAUCCCUCAAAUAUUAAUGGAGGAUGCAGCCAGAAUUGUGAAAAUACACCUGGAAGUUACCACUGUUCCUGUAAAAGUGGUUUUAUGAUGCUUCCAAAUAAAAAAGACUGUAAAGAUGUGGACGAAUGCUCUCUAAUGCCAAGUAUUUGUGGCUCCGCUGUGUGCAAGAAUAUCCCUGGAGACUUUGAAUGUGAAUGUCCUGAAGGCUAUGAAUACAAUCUCAUUUCAAAGUCGUGUGAAGAUAUAGAUGAAUGUUCUGAGAAUAUAUGUAAUCAACUUUGUAUUAAUUACCCUGGAAACUAUUCAUGUUAUUGUGACGGGAAGAAAGGAUUUAAACUUGCUCAAGACCAGAAGAGCUGUGAGGAUAUUCCAGUCUGCCUUCCUUUGAACCUUGAGAAAAAUUUUGAAUUACUUUAUUUGGCAGAGCAGUUUGUAGGGGUGGUUUUAUAUCUGAGAUUUCGUUUGCCAGAAAUGACCAGUUUUUCAGCUGAAUUUGAUCUUCGGACAUAUGAUUCACAAGGUGUUCUACUGUAUGCAGAAUCUCUUGAUCAGUCAGGUUGGCUCCUGCUUGCACUUCGUGACGGAAAGAUUGAAAUUCAGUUUAAGAAUGAAGAGACAACUAAAAUCACCACUGGGGGCAAAGUUAUUAGUGAUGGUCUAUGGCAUAUGAUCUCUGUGGAAGAAUUAGAAGAUAGUAUUAGUGUUAAAAUAGCUAAUGAAGCUGUGAUGAACAUAAAUAAACCUGGAAGCCUUUUUAAGCCUACAAAUGGAUUUCUCGAAACCAAAGUAUACUUUGCAGGAUUUCCUCGGAAGGUGGAAAAUGCACUCAUUAAACCGAUUAAUCCUCGUCUAGAUGGAUGUAUACGAGGCUGGAACUUGAUGAAUCAAGGAGCUUCAGGAGUAAAGGAAAUUAUUCAAGAAAAACAAAAAAAACAUUGUCUUAUCACUGUGGAGAAGGGGUCUUUCUAUCCUGGUUCUGGAGCUGCUCAAUUUAAUAUAAAUUAUAAUAACGUGUCCAAGGCUGAGAGCUGGCAGAUAAAUGGGACCUUAAAUAUCCGCCCAUCCACAGGUACUGGUGUUCUAUUUUCCUUGGUUUCUGGCAAAACAGUACCCUUUGCCUUGGCCUUGGUGGACUCCAUCUCUGGAAAGUUUCAGGAUAUCAUAGUGUCUGUGGAAAAUACAGUAAUAUCUCGAAUAGAGGCUGUAAAUUUAUGUUCCAAUCAACAAUCUCAUCUGGAAUUCAGAGUCAACAAACACAACAUGGAGCUGUCUAAUCCAUUUGGAAAAAGUACCAUCUACUCUGAAGAUUUUCAAAGUCAACUUGCCAUCUUAGACAGAGCAAUGAAGGGAACAGUGGUCACUUAUCUGGGUGGUAUUCCAGAUGUUCCCUUCAGUGCUACCCCUGUGAACGCCUUUUAUAACGGUUGUAUGGAUGUGAGUAUUAAUGGUGUUGAGCUGGAUCUGGAUGAAGCUACUUCUAAACAGAAUGAUAUUAGAGCUCACUCAUGUCCAUCAGUUUUUGAAUACACAGUUUCAGACUUCUUAAGAACAAACAGUUCUUAA